AUGACCACACCAUGGGACAAGGAGAGGGUACAAUGGGCCUUACAACUCUGGAGAAUCAACAACAGGAGAUCUUCCCUGUCUCCUCAGCCAAACUACGAUCAUCUGGAGAAGGAGGUGGAGAGAAGGAAGAUAUUUCUGCAGGAGGACAAGCUGAAGGCCAAGGGGCUGAAUCCUGACGGGACCCCUGCACUGUCUGCCCUGGGGGGCUUCUCCCCCGUCUCCACACCUUGUUCUCCUCAUGUUGUGAAGUCAGAGGACAAGUCCCCAAACCCCCAGAACCUGAAACCUGUCAAGAAGGAGCCGGACAACCGAGCACAGAGCUCCAAGAGCCCACGCAGCGGGUGA